UUGCUGCCUGGCUGAGAUGCUGGUCUCAGGGCAGAGCUCCCCUCAAGGACACAGCAGUGCUGGCCCUCGCCCCACUGGGUGGGAACAGCAGAAUGCUGUGUACAAAGCUCAUCUCCUCCACUAACGCCAUAGAACUUGGGUGAGAGUUCAGCCUUCCGACAGACAGACACAGACUGAGAAGUAGAAAGACAGACAGACAGACAGACAUGAUGCUGUGCUGUGUUAUGUGCUGGCUGUUUCUCCAAGUCUCCAGGAUGGGGGAUGCUUUGCCCCACCACUGCCCAGGACAGGACUCCCCACUGGGGGAAAAGUGUCAGGAGAAGACCCCCUCAGACCAUCCAGAACCAGGCAGCCAGGUGAUGCCCCGCCCCCCUGCAGAUGAGGGAGUGGAGGGGGUGGGCUUAGACCAACACACAGCCCCAUCCUCACUCCACCCUGCGGCCCCCCCUUGCUCUGGGGGCCCCCUGGGGGGACCACUGGAACACAUGCUCUCAGCCUUAAGGGAGGGCUGGCCCCCCCGAGGGGGGCAGGGGGGGCAGGAGGCUCUGGUCCAGUUUGGAGUGUGCCCGGGGUUGGGGGGGGGCCCCGUCGCUGCCCUGGCACGUCUGGCUGCUGCUGGGGACAGACUGCGUGUCAUGCACCCUGAAACAGAGCUGGUGGAGGAAGGGGGAGGAAGGCUGGUGAUGACCUUUCACCUCCCCCUCUCUCCGCUCCUGAAGCUGCAUCCUGUCCUCGCCCUGGCCUCCAGCGUUCCUAUGACAACCUUAGACAUGGAGGUCUCCUUCACCAGCCCUGCCCUCCAACCUCCUACACAGACGCUGUGUCUGUCAUCGAAGACCCAGUACCUGGUUCUGACUGGACAGCCUUCAGGGGGCCACAAAUGGAGAGUUUCUGUCACGUUGAAAACACCGGAAACAGAAUCAGGACAAAAGUUGUCUGAGCUACGAAGGAUUAUGAUUGGUGGAGAAGCAGCCAAUGACAUCAUUAUGACCCCUCUGCUGCUGUUCUCAUUGGAUCGAGCGACGGGAGAGAGAGACGCCCCGGAGACAUGCCCCUUCCUGUGUGAGCUCCAGAGCUUCCUGUCUGAGGUGCUCCCACAGGUGCCCCCCCAGACCGCUGCCCCCUUCCCCCUGGCCUCCCUGAACUCCCUGCCCCCCCUCCCCCUGGGCCCCUCCUCGAGUGAGGCUCUCCUCCUCGGCCUCAUCAACUCCUCUGGCCCCACGCUGUUCUCCUUCCCCCAGAGAAGGCCAGUGCUGGGGGGGCAGGGGGGGGCCUUGCUGGGGGGCCAUAGUGGGGAGCUUUCCCUGACCCCCGGCUUGCUGGAGACCCUGAGGCUGCGGUUGGCGGAGGCCGUGGGCCAGCUGGGGGGGGAGGAGCUGGGCUGCAGGGGUGUGGAUAUGCUGCGCAGGCUGCAGGAGCUCAGCGCCCUCCCCAGGCCUGGAGAGGAACUGCAGGCUGGUGGUGGUGGCUCCAGAGAGAGGCAGUACCGGGCCCUGGUCCUGCUCAAAGCCCUGCACAUGGUUCUGGGGGAGUGGGAGGUGGAGCGAGGCCGGCGUGCUGCACGGGCGUCCCCAGAGCGGAGCUCCCUCUGCCGGCUGCACAGCCUGACCGUGUCCCUAGAGAGCUUCUUCAAGGACCCGCCGCACGCCAACAUCAACAACUGUGAGGGCAGUUGCCACUUUCCCAUCCUGCAGGGCGUCAACGGCAACAACCAUGUCAUGCUGCUCAACAGCCAGGGAGGGCGGGAGCUGGGACGAAGCCCCUGCUGUGUGCCCCUGGAGUACGACCCCCUGCUGGUGGUGGAGCUGGAAAACAACGGAGCCACCAUCAGCAUGAAGGACAACAUGGUGGCCAAGCAGUGUGGCUGUCGCUAAGGGGAAGAGAG